AUGGACCAGAAACAGUCCUUCACGGAUGUACUCAUCGUUGGAGCAGGAGCAGCAGGAACGAUGGCCGCUGCGUGCGCCGCAGCUUACGGGCUUAAUGCCCGCAUCAUAGACAAGCGUCCACAAAAACUCGCGGCUGGUCAUGGCGACGGUCUUCAUGCCAGAAUGAUGGAGAUCUUAGACACCUUUGGUCUGGCUGAUGCAGUGCUACAGCAUGGCAACGAAUUUACCAUGACCCACAGCUGGGUUCAAGGUUCUGACGGAAGAGUCACGCGGCAGGCUGCCUCCUCUCGCACAUGGGAGCCGCCAUCCCCAUUCACCUCAGUGGGGCUGACCCAAGCCAAGAUGGCACACAUACUCCUAGACUAUGUCCGCCAGCAUUCCGACAUCGAAGUUGAGAGGGGACUCAUGACGGAAAGUAUAUCGGUUCAGCAGGGUAGUGAGUACCCUGUGAGAGUCACAGUUCGCAACAUAUCCACAAAUGGCGGGAUGGCGAGCUUCACUGCCGACAAUGACAUUCGAGUUGAUAACGACGAGGAGCUGCUUGCGACGACGGGCAGACCGGGUGUCCAAGACGAGAUCAUAAAAGCCAGAUACGUCGUUGCGUGCGACGGUGCUCACAGCUGGAUCCGCCGAAAUCUCCAGAUUCCAAUGAUUGGCGACGAUAUGGAUGUCAUCUGGGGAGUCAUGGACAUUCAUCCCUUGACAGAUUUUCCGAGCGCUAGAACGAACAGCAUCAUCCAAGGACGAGGCACUGGUCUCAUGUGGAUUGCGCGAGAACGUGGCAUGAUCCGUGUCUACACUGUCGUGGGCUCGGCGAAGAGCAAUGAGCACGGGAAAUUUAUCCAGUCAAGCGUAACCCCAGACACGAUUCUGGCAGCAGCACAGAAAAUGUUGCAUCCGUACACGCUCACCUACAAGAAGUGUGAAUGGUGGGCAGCAUACCGGGUCGGCCAGCGUGUUGCAACCCAUAACACUCAUGAAUCUGACCGCAUAUUCCUUGCGGGUGACGCUGUACACACUCAUUCGCCUCAGGCUGGGCAAGGGUUGAAUGUCAGUAUGGCAGAUACUUACAACUUAUUAUGGAAGAUCAACCUGGUGGUGAAAGGCCUGGCUAAACCAGAUCUGCUGGAAACGUAUCAUUCGGAAAGACUUGUCCUUGGCCAACAACUCGUCGAUUUCGACCGACAGUGGGCUGCUAUCAUCUCCGGCAACGAGCCUCCCAAACCACCGCCUGGCAUUAAGACUUUUAGGGUCACCUGGGAAAGUAUAAUCACCCACAAGUUUGUACCCCUGAUCCACGGACUGCAGGUCAUCUACCCACCAAGCAGCAUUACCCUCUCAUCGCCAGAUACGAUUGAAGCCGCGUCUUCUGUCAUGGAUCAGGGCAAACUGCCAUCAGGUAUCACAGUUGGCAUGAGAAUGCCGUCUUAUCAAGUCCGUAAGCAUGCCGAUGCCGCCAUCGAGUAUCUUGGCAAGUCGUUCCGCAGUGACGGCCGAUUUCGAUUUGUGGUAUUUGCCGGAGAUGUGUCCGACUCAGCGCACUUGGAGCGACUCAGAGCCCUUGCCAAGUGGAUCCGUACUCUGAUGGAGCAGUAUUCAUUGCCAGGCUGUCAAGCAGACUCGACCUUUGAUAAUAUCCUUGUACACACCACAAGUUCAUUGACGGUCGACCUCCUCGAUCUACCCGACAUCUUCCAUCCGUUCCAUCCUGAGCUGGGCUACAACUACGACAAGGUCUUCUACGAUGAGGACAUCACCAAUAGAUUCGGGCACCGCAUCGGUUCAGCGUAUGAGAAGUAUGGGGUGGAUCGUCACAAGGGGCGACUAGCACUGUUGAGGCCAGACGGUUAUGUGGCGCACCAAGGCGGGCUGGAAGAAUUUGAUCCGGUUGAGAAAUACUUCAAAGGGUUUUUGAUUCCGAGAAAAUGA